UGAGAAAGAUUUACUUGAUAAGAAAAAAUAAAAUUCAUUCAUGUUUUUAAAUGGGAACGACAGUGGGCCUAAAAAGGGAAAACAAAGUGGGUCGAUACAGAGACGGAGUGAGUGAAGAUGGUGGCUGCUGCUUCUUCACUACUUCCAUGGAGCACUACCCAGUUGCUCUUUACCCAUAAUUUCACCUUCAAACCCACAAAGAUCAAAACUUCCAUUACUGCUGCUGCUGCCUCAUCUCAUUCUAACAACACAUUCAUAGAAUAUGGAAGCUAUAAUUUCCAAACCAAAUCAGCCCUUGCUUCUCUCAACUGCUCUUUUAAUGAGGAAGCUUCAGAAAAUCUCUAUCAACCAGAUUCAGAGAGUCAGCAAAGUACUGGAUUUUGGAGUAAAUGGAAGGCUAAUUCUGCAGAAAUGAGUUCAAAACUUGCAAAGCUUGGGCUGUCAGCUGUGCUUGCUUAUGGUUUGUUUGAUGCAGUUACAUAUACAACUUUCUUUGUGCUUGCAUUUCUUGGCUAUGAGAAGAGUACAGGGAAGAAUCCUGCAGCCAAUCUACAAGCACUUUUAGGGAUUGUAAUCUUGAUGUGGACCGGGAACAAUGUCACAAGGCCAUUUCGAGUAGCAGGAGCCGCUGCACUAGCACCGCUCAUUGACGGGCAAUUAAAGAAGAUUCAAAACUAUUUCAAGCUGACAAAGCUUGUGUAUGCAUUUGCACUCAUUGUUUCAAUAGUAGCUUCUGUGUGCUUAACGGUUGUUGGUUUGCUUAUUCUUUCAAGAUGGGGAAGGUGAAAUAGAAAAUGAUAAGCCACUUCCGGCCGAAGUUUUGUACAAUGUAAUUUGGAUAACAUGUGACUGUAACUGAGCCGUUUUCCUGUCAAUAGACUUCAGAUCAAAAAUUUUAUUAUC